AUUAAUGAGUUGCUUAACGUGGACAUGUUUUGGGCGGAGUAAACCCUCUCGCUUCGACUCUUCCUCUCUGGUAAUAGCCUCUCCCGUUUCAGAAGUCAUCAUGGCGCUCACUUCCUCAGUCAAAGUGGAGCAUCCUUUUAACCACCUGAUUGACACGCUGAAAGAUGGCGACCGGAAGUAUUUCAAUCCACAGAAGCUGAAUGAUGCAAGAUACGACAAGCUGCCUCUAUCCAUCCGUGUCCUCUUGGAGGCGGCCAUACGCAAAUGCGACGGCUUCUAUGUGAAAGAAGAGGACGUCCACAACAUCCUAGACUGGAGCGAGCAGCAGAAUGUGGCAGAAGUGCCAUUCCCUCCUGCCCGGGUCCUGCUGCAAGACUUCACGGGCAUCCCUGCCAUGGUGGACCUGGCUGCCAUGAGGGAUGCAGUGACCAAACACGGAGUGGACCCCGGCCUGGUCAACCCUGUGUGCCCCACAGACCUCAUUGUUGACCACUCGCUACAGAUCGACCUCAACAAAUGUGCCAUACAGAACGCCCCCAACCCUGGUGGAGGGGAUAGCCAGAGCCAGGGGCCUCCGUCUCGCCCCUCCCCCGCCAGACCCACACCCAGAAGGGGGUCCCAGUGUGGAGGCGAGAGAGGCAGCUGCAGCAAAGGGGGCUGCAGUGACACCCCGGGAAGACCCGCCACUGCUGUCCAGCAGAUUGAGAACACCCCUCUCCUAUGCCCCUUCCAUCUACAACCCGUCUCUGAACCUGAAACAGCUCUGAAAAACCAGGAGUUGGAGCUGAUCCGAAACAAAGAACGGCUGCAGUUCUUUAAGUGGUGCUCCAAAGCGUUUAAGAACGUGAACGUGGUGCCCCCGGAUGUGGGCGCAGUACACCAGCUAAACCUGGAGUACCUGUCUCAGGUGGUGCAGGAGAGCCAGGGCUUCAUCUACCCAGACAGCGUGGUGGGCACAGACUCUCACACCACCAUGAUCAACGGUCUGGGCAUCCUCGGCUGGGGUGUGGGAGGGAUCGAGUCGGAGGCAGUGAUGCUGGGCCAGCCCAUCUCUCUGACCCUACCCCAGGUGGUUGGCUGCAGGCUAGUAGGCUCCGUCAACAUCCUGGCCACGUCCAUCGAUAUUGUUCUGGGGAUCACCAAGCACCUUCGUCAAGCGGGCAUAGCUGGGAAGUUUGUGGAGUUUUUUGGUCCCGGCAUGUCCCAGCUGUCUGUCCCAGACAGGACCACCAUCGCCAACAUGUGUCCUGAAUACAAUGCCACCGUCAGCUUCUUCCCUGUCGACCAUGUCACACUCAAACACUUUAAGCAAACAAACUUUACCGAGGAGAAACUUGAAUUAUUGGAGGCUUAUCUGAAGGCUGUGAAACUCUUCAGGAGCUACGAGGACUCGUCAGAAGACCCACAAUAUUCUGAGGUGAUUGAGAUCAACCUGAGCUCCAUGGUGCCCCAUGUGAGUGGGCCAAAAAGGCCCCAGGACAGGGUGGCUGUCAGCAGCAUGAAGGAGGACUUCCAGAGCUGUCUCAACGAGAAGGUGGGUUUCAAAGGGUUCCAUAUCUCCAAGGAGAAGCAGGAGAGCCUGGUGCCUUUCCUCCACGGCGGUCAGGAGUACGAGUUGGCCCACGGCUCUGUGGUCAUCGCAGCCGUCAUCAGCUGCACCAACAACUGCAACCCCUCCGUCAUGUUGACCGCAGGUUUGCUGGCCAAGAAAGCGGUGGAGGCGGGCCUUAUCGUCAAGCCUUACAUCCGCACCAGCCUGGCUCCUGGCAGUGGCAUGGUCACCCACUACCUCAACACCAGUGGAGUACUGCCUUACCUCAGCCAGCUAGGGUUUGAAGUGAUAGGCUAUGGAUGUGCCACCUGCGUUGGAAACACUGCACCUUUACCGGAGACCGUCUCUGAAGCUAUCAAAGAGGGGGACUUGGUGGCCUGCGGAGUGCUAUCUGGGAACAGACACUUUGAGGGACGCCUAUGUGACUGUGUCAGGGCCAACUAUCUGGCCUCUCCACCCCUAGUAGUGGCGUACGCCAUCGCCGGCACCGUCAGCAUCAACUUCGAGAAAGAGCCUCUGGGUGUGACCUCUGAGGGGAAGGAGGUGUACCUGCGGGAUGUGUGGCCCACCAGGGAGGAGGUGCAGCAGAUAGAGCAGGACAAGGUCAUCUCUUCCAUCUUCACAGAGCUCCGUGCCAGAAGGGAGAAAGGGAACACGUUUUGGAAUAACCUUGAAUGUCCAGAGUCUGUGGUUUUCCCAUGGGAUCCCAAAUCCACAUAUAUCCGCUCUCCUUCCUUCUUCAACAAACUUUGUAAAGAGGUCCAGCCGCCCCAGUCUAUAGAGAACGCCCAUGCCCUACUGUUUCUGGGAGACAAGGUGACCACCGACCACAUCUCCCCUGCCGGGAGCAUCGCCAGGGUCAGUGCUGCUGCCAAGUACCUGCUGAGCAAACGCCUUACACCACGAGAGUUCAAUUCGUACGGCGCCCGGAGGGGAAACGACGCGGUGAUGACCCGAGGGACAUUUGCCAGCAUCAAACUCCAGAACCGGUUAAUCGGCAAACCGGGCCCCAAGACCGUGCACAUUCCAUCAGGCCAGACUCUGGACGUGUUUGAGGCAGUAGAGCGCUACCAGAGAGACGGGAUUCCCCUCAUCAUCCUGGCAGGGAAGCAGUACGGCUCAGGAAACUCUCGGGACUGGGCGGCCAAAGGACCCUACCUACUGGGUGUGCGAGCUGUCAUAGCAGAAAGCUUUGAGAAGAUGCACAAGAAUCACCUGGUGGGCAUGGGCAUCGCGCCCCUCCAGUUCUUGCCAGGCCAGAGUGCCGAUUCGCUAGAGCUCUGCGGGAAGGAGAAGUUCACUAUCACUCUACCAGAGGACCUGUCCCCAAAGCAAAUGCUGACUGUCAAAACUAGCUCUGGAAAGACCUUCAGUGUGACGACUCUGUUUGACAACGAGAUGGAUGUGGCCUUUUACCGGCAUGGCGGGCUGCUGCGAUACGUGGCUCGAACCAUGCUCUAGACUAGAUCAUUUUAUCUUAACUCCGCUUUAACCCCAAGGACUGAUUUUCUUUCUGUGCUUAUAUAUGGGGUUAGUCAUGCUCCAACCAUCUAGUUGAAUGUGUGGAAAUGGGCCUACUAAACUAGCUUGCUCAAGUAGGGAAGACACAGAAGCUAAUUCACAGAGAUUAUGUACCCUCCCCCGCCCACAGACAAAUGCCUCCCAGGUCUAAACCGAACCUGUGCUGUUUUGAACUGCUUGUGACCAGUCCAGUCUGCUCCACUUCAGACUAGCUCAGACCAGCCCAACAUUCUUUCAGCUCCAAGACCAGCUCAGUCCUCUUUGACGAUAUCAAUCUGCUUCAGCAUUUAGACCAACACAAUCCACUUUAGAACAGAUUGAUAUUUAACGGCUGAGCAUGCCCCAUUCAGAACAACCAGCUCCAGCAGGGUGCCUGUUCUAUAGGGUGGAACAUUCCGAACGUUGCAGUGUAGAAGUCCAAUGUAAAGCAUGGGCAUAACCUGAUAAAGUCAUUGAUUUUUAUCUGUGUCAGUCGGAAAGUUUCAUCUCUUUUGAACAGGUAUCUGCACUUUUUAUCAGCGCUUGAGCUUCCUAACCACAUCAGUCAAGUUCAAUUCUGAAACCAGAUCGAUCUGCUUUAGCCGACCAGAUGAGAGACCUUGUGCCCAAUUGCAACCCAACUCUUUCUCUCUACUCCUUUGAUGCGUAUGUAGAUCUGUACAGAUUGGAUUGCUGUAAGCAACAGGGAGAAUAUUCUACUUUGCCUACAUAAUGUAAUCUUUUAAGAUUUGGAUUUGGAAUCGUGCACCAGUCUUGGCUGUGCAUAUCUCCUGCAGACAUCCUUUACAACAGAGUAUUUCCAGGGAUGUCCUCUUUUUCACUUAUGGUCAGAAUGAGAAUGUGGAGGAAACAGUUGUUUUUUGCUCUCCAUGUCUGCACAGCUUCAUUGUCUACUGGUUGAACUGAUUAUCUGACAACGGGGUUAGUUUCCACACCCAAAUACUAUCGAUUUCACUGGUGCUGAGGCAGAGGUGUCAAAAUGUCCUUCGCUUUGGUGCUUCUAAUGACAAUUUGCGAGGUCCUCUGUAAGAUGCAUACAAUCUAGAACUGUAUAUCUCUAUAUAUGGCUCUGAUAGUCUAGUUUGGUCUACAAUAUCUCAUUACAUGUUGCUUGUCAGGUACCGGUAUUUAAGGUUUACAAAGUAGCGGGCAACCAUUGUUCGUGUGUUGGUAUUAACACUGUGGUUGGACAUUUUGCAUGUUAAGGCUGUCUGUGUGACAUUGUUGCCUCAGUUGUCUUACUCAGAUAAUGGCACUAUAUGAAACUUUAUUCAUACAAUAUAAUUGAGACUUCUGGAAUGUGGAUUUGAACAUUAGCUUUUAAACAAAUACUUUAGUGGUCAUUGAGAUUGUCAAGUAUUUAUUGUCAUACUAAAUUCAAACAGUUGACUGUCAUGUGCUGUUUGAAAACCCAACAUAUUUUUAUUUUUUUUACUUUCCAAGAGUGAACAAUGCCGUUGUGUUGCCGUGACACAUUUCCAAAGCAAGUUUAAGCAGAGAACAGAGUUUCCUGACCUGUAAUGUCAUUCGUUUUGAGGGUGCAUACACACACGUUGAUGUCUUUGGUUGUCAAACUACAGAGCUUCAAUUAGCCUGAUUUGGGCUUAUUGGUUUCCUGUGUUUUGUUGUGUUUUGAUUGGGUACUUGAGUCCUGGCCGCUGGUCUGAUCAAGAUGGUGCAACACUGAAGAACUUUCAGAAUCAGGUAGAAAUGUCUAGUGUAGAUACGAUUUAAUUGUCACGUAGAACAUGUAAUCAAGUCAACUGUGUUCAUUUCUAUCUGCAAUGUUAUUCUGAGUAUUUCACCUCACUGAGUAUACCCCAGUUUUAUCUUAAUGCAGUUUCCCUUGAAAGUGUGAUCCGUUCUAUUGGCUUGACUUCAAAGGUAUGCGUCUCACUGACUGCUUUGGGGAUUUUAGGUUUUUCCCUGAGUACAAGCACACGGUAAUUUAGUACAUUUUAAUUAAUGGAUGACGUAUGUGAUGUUAUUAUUUGUGUGUAGGUGUUGUUGGGGUACUGCUUCAUUUUUCAUUUUCACAAAAAAUGUACCAUAUGCAAACAAAGCAAGUGCAACAUUGCACAUAACAAUAAGUACCUGGUUAAUGCAGAGAAGUGGUAAAAAAAAUAAUAAUUAAGUACCGAAUACUGAAUUAUAACAGAUAUUGUAUAUAGUUUUUAAUAAAUGAUUAAAAUGAAAGUUUUACUGUAAAGAAACUACAAAAAAACA